CCACUUCUAUACAAAAAAGGAAAGAUGUCAACAGGAAGGCCCAUCAAAUGUGUUGUCGUUGGCGAUGGUACGGUCGGCAAGACAUGCAUGUUAAUAUCAUAUACCACAGAUAGUUUUCCCGGUGAAUAUGUGCCUACAGUUUUUGAUAACUACUCAGCACCAAUGCAGGUGGACACAAUACAGGUAUCAUUGGGCCUAUGGGAUACAGCUGGACAAGAGGAUUAUGAUAGACUCCGACCACUUUCAUAUCCACAAACGGAUGUUUUUCUGAUAUGUUUUUCAGUGGCGAGUCCAUCAUCAUUUGAAAAUGUCACCUCCAAAUGGUAUCCUGAAAUAAAACAUCACUGCCCAGAUGCGCCCAUAAUUUUAGUAGGUACCAAAAUUGAUUUACGUGAAGAUCGUGAAACCCUUAGUGCAUUGGCCGAACAAGGUUUAGCGCCACUGAAACGAGAACAAGGACAAAAAUUAGCAAAUAAAAUAAGAGCUGUUAAAUAUAUGGAAUGUUCAGCCCUAACGCAAAGAGGUCUAAAACAGGUAUUCGAAGAGGCUGUGCGUGCCGUAUUAAGACCUGAACCACAAAAACGACGUCAACGAAAAUGUAUAGUUAUGUAAAUAUAGAACACAUUCAUGGUUUAUAUAU